AUGGACAACAACCUUCCUGGGGCAAAUCCGAACAAUCCUGAUGUUCCUAAUAUUGCUACCCUGAGCAUUGGUCGCAUAGCUCAUGAUUCCCGGACUAUUGGAAACGAUUCUGUAGAGCAGAAUACGGAAAAUGCAGCCGAGGCGGAUGUCACAGACCAGGAAAUGUACGACGGACCAGAUACAGUUAAGACUGUUGAACAAGAACACAGAGAAGCGAGUAAAAAAUGGUCAGGAGAAGUUAUUGAAGCCGAGCCAAAAAACUAUAUAUUCGUGAUUGUUCCUGAGAUCAAAAACUUCAAAUGCAAAGAGGUGCGAUGGGUUUACAAAGAUUCUGACAAGCAUAUACCAUUCAACGGAAAAGAUUCUUUAUUGAUGGAGAUCAAGUAUCGCGCUGACAAGGGACUCACACUCGAUGAUGAAGCAAUUGAGGUUUUCAAAAAUAAAAUGGGGCAUGUCAAGGUGAAACGCGACCCAAUAACUGCCGGUGAGAGUAAGCCAUCUAUUGAAAACGGGAAGCUGCUUGUCCUGGAGAAAAUGUACAGUGUGAAUGAGGAUAAUACGAGAAUUGAAGCGAUUCAUUGGAAGAAUGACUCGAAAGAAAUAUUGAGAGGUUGUUUUUUCACGUGUGAUGGCAAAGUGAUUGACGCUGAAAUCGCUGAUAGAAUUGUGGAACAUUUGAAUGAUUUCAAAAAGACUAUCUAUGAAAAGGCUAAAGAAAACCCAAAUACCGAUUUGAAAAAUUCAAGACCAGGUCCACUCCGUCUGGAGGACCAUAAAGUAGUUAUUGAAUGGAAUUCUCUGUCCUUCAUCACAAUUAAACAAGAAGACAAGUUCCCGCGAGAGUUGAACCGCCAUUUUGAGGAAGCAGAUAUCAAGGAUAAAAGUGUAAAAGUUGAGCACUUGGUUUUUGUUGUUCAUGGAGUUGGACAUGACAAAGAGCACCUCGUAAGAGAGUGUGCAAGAGAUCUACAAAAAAGCGUCGACAAUGUGAAGAAGAGCGGUGGAAUAUUCUUUCUUCCAAUUCAUUGGCGAUUGAAAUUUGUCCAUAAUGGGCAUAAAUGUGAUGAAAACUGUAACAAGGAAUACGUCAGCAAAGUUUUGAAUUUUCCGGGGGCUUCUAAGUUUUUCGAAGAAGCCAUGCUAUACACAUGUACCAUACACGCACCACAGAUUCAAAAAAUUGUAAUCGAGGAGCUCAACCGCAACUACAAGAUUUUCAUGGAGAGUCGUAAUUCCAAAUUCAACGGCUCUAUCUCGAUUUUCGCACAUUCCUUGGGUUCUGUCAUCAGUUAUGACAUUCUGAAGGCAGAUAUCGAUGCAUUUGAAAAGGAGGUGGAGGGACAAUUGAAAUUCAAUAUCAAGCGGUUUUUUGCUGUCGGAUCUCCAUUGAAAAGAUAUUUGGAAUUAGCUGGCAAAGAAGGUGAAGAUUUUCGGAUAACAAGUGCUGAGAUGGAAAUCCAUAAUAUCUAUCAUCCAACCGAUGGCAUUGCGCAACCGCUUGACCCAGAACGGGAUCCAGUGGAAAUACCUAAUGCGCAACAAACUUCCAGUUGGAUAUAUAAAAUUGUAGAAGCUGUCUACAAUUUUGUGAAAAAUUUGGUUUCGAAGAAAGCAAAUCGACAAGCGGACACUGACGAUGAAGAGCAGAAUUCAUAUCACAUUGAUCAUGUGUUAGAAAACGAGAAACAAUUGCGGAAAGUUUACUCGCAUUCAACUUACUGGAGUCAUGAAGGUGUCGCUCGACAUUUGGUGAACUCUCUGUACAAGAAAGAAUGCACUUAUGCCACUAUUGAUGUUCCGGUAGUUGAGAAGAGCUCUGAAACAUCUAAAGUUGAAGAAAAGAUAACAGAGAAUUGCCAAGAACCAGUAACGAUUAAUAAUCAAGAGAAAGGAGAAGAAAACAGCUGUGCAGAUCCAGAUCUGAUUGAAAAAGUUGCUCAACGACACGAGCCAAUCUCUUUGGAUAUAGAAGCGAUUGCUGCAGAUAAUUGA